UGGGGGCGGUGGCGCUCCGCGAGGGCGGAGCCCCCCACCUGCCCGCGCCGGCGGGGCGGCUCCGCGCUCCGGCCCCCGCCCACCCCGCCUCGCGCGCUCCCUCCCUCCCUCCCUCCCGCGGGGCUUCGGCGGCGGCGGCUGCAGUGGCGGUGGCGCUCGGCGCUCGACGCUCGGCGCGGGCAGGUCCCCCUGCUGCCCGGUCCCAUUUGUUGCCGGGUCUGGCUCGGGGCGGCCGCGGCGCGCGGAGCUCCGGGGAGCCAGGCGGGCAGACGCGCAGCCACGACGGAGCAGCCGCGGGACUGGCCGCCCCGCGCCCCCUUCGCCGCGGUGCCCUUCCCGGGCGCGCUCACCCCCUUCUCGGGAUGGGAUUGUAGCGGCGGCGCGGACUCGGCGGGGAUCGCGGCGGAGGCGGCGGCGGCCGAGCGGGGCUCCAUGUUUUCCCCCGGCCAGGAGGAACCCUGCGCCCCCAAUAAAGAGCCGGUGAAAUACGGGGAGCUGGUGGUACUGGGAUACAACAUUUGGUGUCUACUUGAGUCCUUCUUUGAUGCAUGGAGCUUGUCUCAUUGACCUUUCUGCACAUUAGGUACAAUGGUGCUUUACCUAAUGGAGACAGAGGAAGGAGGAAAAGCAGAUUUGCUCUCUAUAAGCGGCCGAAGGCUAAUGGUGUUAAACCUAGCACGGUCCACGUAAUAUCCACGCCCCAGGCAUCCAAGGAAAAGAUCACAGAUAACCAUCCAAACAGCAGCAAUCAGCUUUCCAGUGAUGCUUCCCAGCAGGAAGAGUGGCAGAAAUUCACACGUACACUGUUGUUUGAAAAGGCUAUCAGCUGCAAAGGUCAACACAGCAUAUCCUACACUUUGUCAAGGAAUCAGACUGUGGUGGUUGAAUACACACAUGAUAAAGACACAGAUAUGUUUCAGGUGGGCAGAUCAACAGAAAGCCCUAUCGACUUUGUGGUCACAGACACCAUUUCCGGUGGUCAGAACAAUGAUGAAGCCCAGAUCACACAGAGCACCAUAUCAAGGUUUGCCUGCAGAAUUGUGUGUGACAGAAACGAACCUUACACGGCACGGAUAUUUGCAGCUGGCUUUGAUUCUUCCAAAAACAUAUUUCUUGGAGAAAAGGCAGCAAAGUGGAAAAACCCUGAUGGUCACAUGGAUGGGCUCACCACAAAUGGUGUCCUGGUGAUGCAUCCCAGAGGAGGCUUCACCGAGGAGUCCCAGCCUGGGGUCUGGCGUGAGAUCUCUGUCUGUGGAGAUGUGUACACCUUGAGAGAAACCAGGUCGGCCCAGCAAAGGGGAAAGCUGGUGGAAAGUGAGACAAAUGUCCUGCAGGACGGCUCCCUCAUUGACCUGUGUGGAGCCACUCUUCUCUGGAGAACAGCAGAUGGGCUUUUCCACACUCCAACUCAGAAACACAUAGAGGCCCUCCGGCAGGAGAUCAACGCUGCCCGACCCCAGUGUCCUGUGGGGCUCAACACCCUGGUCUUCCCCAGCAUCAACAGGAAAGAGGUGGUAGAGGAGAAGCAGCCCUGGGCAUAUCUCAGCUGUGGCCAUGUGCACGGGUACCACAACUGGGGCCAUCGGAGCGACACAGAGGCCAAUGAGAGGGAGUGUCCCAUGUGUAGGACUGUGGGCCCCUACGUACCUCUCUGGCUUGGCUGUGAGGCAGGAUUUUACGUAGAUGCAGGACCACCGACUCACGCUUUCACCCCCUGUGGACACGUGUGCUCAGAGAAGUCUGCAAAAUAUUGGUCUCAGAUUCCUCUGCCUCAUGGAACUCACGCAUUUCAUGCCGCCUGCCCUUUCUGUGCCACGCAGCUGGUUGGGGAGCAAAACUGCAUCAAAUUGAUUUUCCAAGGUCCAGUUGACUGAUGCCCUUGACAGCCAUCUACAACAUUAUUAACAAGUUACUGUGAAGGUUUCGCCACUAACUCUAGAAUUCUACCUUUUUGUAUUGCUGUUUAUUAGGGAGAGGGUGGACGGGGACUGGGAAAAAAAGAGGGGACACAGUGAUGAAACAUGGCAGGAGUUUAACAGAUACCAGUGGUGUGUUGCAUGCUCCAAACAGCAGCAUCGUCAUUGAAGUCUGCUUGAUUAAACCAUAAUAUCUGUGUAAUAAUUGGAUUUCAACUGCCAUGCUUUUAUUUUUAACCUUGGGCUUUUAUCCAGGUUUUUUUCCUGGGCAAACUUGGACAAGAUUUUACAAUAUAGAAGAAAUUUAUUUGAAAGUUGGCUGUGAAUGCGCAGCCCUCGGUGCUGCAUGGGAUGGCGUUACCGGAAACAUGCGAAGUGUCUGGAGUGCCUGACAUGGCCAGGGCGGCACUAGGCGCAAGACUGGUGAACAGGAGACCUUAGGCACAGGGGCUUGUUAGGAAAUCUGCGGCAUUUUUCUAAUUUAUUUUUCUGACUUUCUUGGGGGGACAAUAUUCAUAUAUUGUGGGAUUAUUUUUAAACUUCAUUGGAAUUCACAUGUACACUCAUUCGUCAAAUACUUGGCAUUUCAAACAAAGAAUUUCCCGUAAUUUUUUAGUCCACCUUUUGUUACUUCUGCCUAACGUCGUUUGUCCCUGACCCUCAUCUUACAUGACCAGAACUGUUUGAUUAGAAAACAGCAGCUCUUAAAAGUUCUUUCAUGGAGGGUGACUAUUACAGCAGUAGACAUGGCGUAGGUCCUAUAAGACCAACUUUAUCUGCAUACUGAAUUAUUUAAGACUUUAAGAGUGAUUAAAAAUACACUGUUACUUUUAAUACCACUUGUUGGGGUUUUAUAGGGGUUUUCUUCCUCUUCCUCUUCUUCCUGAAAGCCAAAAUUCUCUGAGCCUAAAAGCAACAAUCACAAUGAUAGUCAUUUUUGUUCACUCGCCUUCUACCAUCUGUCACCUUUCCUUGCUGCAAAUAGAGCCCUGUAAGUUUUGAAAAUGUUUGCAAAUCAAACUAAAUUUAAAUGUGAUCAUUAGAUAUACACAACACCAAGUGGUACAUCUGCAGAGAUAAUUUGAAAUUUCUGAUUUUGAGAGAGCAAAUGAGUAUUUACUGAGUAAUAAUUAAAUCAGAAUUUCAUAUGAGCUCCACCAUCCCUCUCUGUUAGUUUCAUUCAUGUCGAUUAAUAAUUCUUAGAUGCUCAUUCUCUGUGCUUGGUACCGGUAGUCUCACUGUUCCAGAAUGUAGCGAGUCUGACUGAGCUAACAUAGGCUUCCUCUGCACAGGGAGCAAGCAUUCAUUUAAACUCACAUCCUCAUGAAUGGACCAUCGAAGAUUUGAGUCACAUUUUCUAACCUUUGUAAAUAUAUGUAAUUUAUAUAAUUCUAAUGUACUAUAUCCAUACUUGAAUUGGUUUUUCCAUAUUUUGCCUACUGGCAAAUAGUUUGCCUAUUUUCAGUCAUUCUAACCUAUUUGAAUACUCUUUUCCUUAAAGUGAUAAGAUUUCUUACUCUUAAUUGCUGCUGCUUAAUUUGACUUAAUAUUUUUAAAGUUCAGCCUGUCAGUUUUAAAAUUGCUUUAUUUUUCAAUGGAGAUCAUUGUUGAGGAUGAGGUGUUUUUUGUUUUGGGUUUUCUUUUGGUAAUUUUCAAGUGAUGUGAAAAUCCUACAGCAGUUCUCUUAUUGGUAGCUUCCUUUAUUCCGUAUAUCGUACUCUACCUGCAGACAGAAAAUGAAAGGAAAAGAUGGAAUUGCCUAGAAUAAUGUAUUAUAUACCAUCUGAUUUAGCCAGAGUCUCCGAUAACUAACUUUUGCUGACAGAGUAUGUCUUUUUAGCCUUUGAGUCUGUGGGCUCUGAAGAAUGAUAAAGAGGUAGGUAUUUGUCCCUUUUCUUAUUAUAUGGCCAGAGAGUGGUUUGAGGGUUCUUGAUACUCCAGGAUUGUCUUGUAAGGUAAAUGGUCUUGUACCCAGAAAGGCUGGUUUUCACCUACCAAGAAAAAAACAAAAACAAAAACAAAACCUUUUUUUUCUAGAAAAUUAUGUUCUAAUAUCAUAAUUUUCCAUGUUCAGGACUACAUAUAAAUCUAGUAGUUCUGCUUGUGAUAUAUGCCCAAAAGUAAGGUUUCUGACUUGUAGUAAACUCAGAUAGCUUAAGUGCACGUUGAUAUUUGGUCAGUAAAUUCCAAGCUCUUGGAAGAGGUGAGAGUGCUGACUGCUAUCAGCUCCACAUCUUUUCCUUUGGCUUCCAAGUGAGGUCCCCUCCCACCCUGCCUAAGGAACCUCAGAGGUGGCACAUCUGCAAAAAGGAAACCACGCUCACCUAGGCUACUCAUGUAAGAUCCCCUUAUAAUUUUGACUAAGAUUUUUUUUCAGACUUGAAAGCAACUUAGUUUGUGAAAAUAAAGAACACUAGCUCACCAAAGUAGAGUGAUACAGUUGAGAAAAGGUCACAUCUCCAAGGUCACUUCUUGCUUUUAUGUCUGGCUUUUAUGUCCCACUCUCCCACUUGUUCACAUAAGGAAUCCAGUUGUCCCGGUCUCAGCCUGACUGAGAUGCCUUUUUCAAAUAGGUUUCCAGAAGCAAAACUCCAGUGACGUAUUUCCGUAGAUUUUUUUUUUCAGUUGUUUGUCGGUUUACUACCAAAAAAAAAAAAAAAAAAAAAAAAGAUUCAGAGUGAAAUGGGGUACAGCUCUUUCAACUCUGAGUAUUUUUCUAGUCUGGAAUUUUUUAUUAAUAAUCGGUGCUGCCGGGUCAUGCAUGCUGCAACUCUCAACAUUUCCCUUAUUUGGUUCAGCUUUUUGCAAAAAGGGCUACAGGUCACACUGCAGAGUAUUAAGCUUUCUGGGUUUUUUUUACCCCAACUGUGGUCCAAAAGAAUUAAAAAUCUUUUAAUAUAAAUAGAGAACAUAUUUAUCAUUCCUUGAUAGUUAAUUAGAGUUUGGUACCUUUGUGCCUCAGGGAAGCCACGUGAUAUAACUGGUUAUAGAAUUUCAGGGUUAGGGUUUAAGGAAAGGAGAAAGCCAUUGGAAAACUGAUGGGCUCCAUUAAGGAGACUAAUGAAUCUGGAUGCAGAAAUGUGCCAGGAACUGGCAUAAACAUGAUUGUAGUAGAAUUUAUUUUCCAUUACCAAUAGGAAGAUCAUUUUAAGUUAUUAUAUAUACUGUAUUAGGAAAGUCAAGGUGGACUCUUCAUAAAGCUUCAAUGCCUUUUAUUUUUGCUGACAUAGAAAUAUCUCAAACCUUUGUUAUUUGGGAGCUCAGUAUUGUUAUUUGGGCACUUUUGAGGGUUUAAGGAGCACAUUUUCUACUUAAUUUAAAUGUACUAUAUGUUAUAGAAUUGUUACCUUCAGUUCUUGGAUUUUGCUCAACUUUUUUUGUUUUUGAAAGCCAUUCUGUCCUUUGGAUGUGCACAGGAGGUGUGGUCACACUAUUCUUGGUGCUGGGUGAACACCUGAUAGUGUCAUGUGAUCUUGCCUCAUAACAGGGGCAUUGCUGAUAGACAAAGCAUGGGACCUUGAUUUUAAGACAGAUGCAGGUCCAUUCCCUUGGCUGUCACUCUUACAUCCCCAUGGUUUAGCCUUUGUGGGGCAAGAGAAUUAAAUUCUUCCUGCAGCUGUGGACAGAGAACACCGCCCUGUUGUCAUUUAUGACCCAAAGGCCAAUGAGACAACUUCAGGAUCUUUUUAAAAGAAUGUAAGCGUUACUGAAGCAGUAAAACAAAAGAAGGUUUAGUAUUUUCUUUUUAGUAAAACUUGCACCCUUUCAAACAAAUUUUCACCCUCAUGAAGAACCCUAGAGGAGGAUAGGGGAAAACAAAUAUUUUUCCAGUUGUACGUGACCCUUUCUUAACAUGUUUCUAAGCAAACAAAAAUAAAGUCAAUGAAAGGGAAGUGUUUCUUUUUAGCUGAGAUGGCAGAUUGCUUCUCUGUAUUGAAUAGUCUAGAAGUUAAGGGGGUGGUCAUAUUUACCAUGUAUAGUGUUAUGAGCAGUUAAAUUUUAUGAAUAUAUUUGUAAAAUUGUUCUUUUAUAUUUCAUGUCAAAUUGAAAAGUUUAUUUCUUCACUAUUGUACCUGUGGAAAUAUAAGCCAUUUUACAGGAAAAAUCUUCAAAAACUAUUAAACAGAUCUCACUAUGUUUGUGAGUCAUUUGUCUUCA